AUGCAUUUUUCCAUUCCGGACACCACUGAAAUCUCCGCUAAGAACAGCAGCAAUCAACAAGCCUACACAUUGUUUAACAUCCAUAUCAAUGGCAUUCAUUUUUGUAGUGUACGGUAUUCGCAAUUGCGUACAUUCAACGAUGAGCUUCAACGUUUGUUUUCGAGCACAAUGGCAAGUAUUGACCCAUUUCCUCCAAAGAAAUUCUUCGCUUUAUCGGCAAGAGAAACUGAAGAGCGACGGUCAUCACUUGAACAUUACCUUCAAUCGGUUGUUCAAAACCGAUUCAUCAUCACAUCAUCCUACUUCAAAGAAUUCUUUUCCAAUGCUCAGAAUGAGACGUUCGCCAGUGACUCCAGCGAUGCAAAUGAAAAUCUGAACUUGACUAUAUGCCUGUUGAAUAAUCAUGAGAUUAUCAUCGAGAAUGUUUCGGCCACUGUUACUACAUCGCGUUUACUAGAUGCUUGUGGAAAGAAAAUACAAAUCCAACAAGAUUUCUUAACUUAUUUCGCUUUAUACUUCUACGAUGUGAAAGAUAAUCAAUUGACUAUUAUUCGGCCAUUGUAUGAAUUCGAGUCACCAUAUCUAUCAUUGAAACAAUUGAAGAAGACGCAGCAACAAGCAUGUAUUGUUUUGAAAAAAUCGUACUGGGAUUCGGAAUUCGAUAUGAAAUUAAUCGAUGAUCGUCGGGCGCGCAAUCUUCUCUAUGUUCAAGCUCAAUAUGAAAUGGAACAAAGUCAAGAUUUAUAUCCAAGUGAUAUCUAUCGACAAUUAGAUAUUCUUCGUGAGAAUAAUUCUUUCAAAGAUUAUAUUUUAUUGGCACGAACGUCGAAAUUCUAUGGUCAUGUCAUCUUAAAACAAUGUUCCAUACUUUAUCCAAUCACGGAUCCUACUAAACAAAAGCUUUGCCAAUGCUUAUUGAGCAUUGGAAAUAACGAAUUGAUUUGCUGUGUGAAAACCGACGGGAAAAAGAAAUCAAAAGAAAUUGCAUUUAAAGUUACACGUAUUCGUUGUUGGAAAGUAAACUGGACGAAGUCAGAGAUUAAUCUUACCUUCGAAUAUUUGAUUAAAAAAGAUCAUUUACAGUGGAUUACGAUUCAUACUGAACAAGCAGCUUUAGUAAGCAACUGCUUGCAGAGCAUGGUCGAUGAAAUCUUAGCGAAACGCGCAGGUGCAACCAGUCCGUCAUCCACAGCAACAACAAAUGAAACGACAGCGACAAGUUCAGAGAAGAAUAAUGCAUCAAAAGUCGGAAACGGAUUAAUGAUUCGAACGGAAUCUAAUUGGAAACAAUUUGGCAAUGAUGAAAUGCUGGAUGAAGAUAAUGAUGAUGAUUUAUAA